AGUAUCAAGCUAGUUUGUGAGUUUUUUUGGCAAUCUGGUCAAUGAAAAUUUUGCUGUCGACACAGAGCUGUUGGAUCCCUGCGGUCACAAAUGCUCCGGCGAAAAUCCCUAUUUCAUCUCAUGUUUUCCCAGCUGGAGACGGCUGUGUGUAAAUGACGGAAAGAAGCCGGGCUGGGCGCACAUUUGUCUGAGACUGUUACACUUAGAAACUCGCCGCCCAGAAACGACUUGCUUGCUUUGAGGAGAAAAUAAAACACUAAUCGAGAAGAACUUGGAAUACGCAGUCAUUCUUGCUCAGAAUCCCAGCAUUUGGUGCUCGGGUACAGACAAUCACUUGAAGCCCUGCAGCCUUGCUUUGACAUCACCAUCACUUCAUGUUAAACUCACCCAAGGAUGCUGUCAUGACGGGGGUGGGAGCAGAAGAUGAUAUCCCACUUGGUGAGAGGAAAACUGUCACAGACUUCUGCUAUCUCCUAGAUAAAUCCAAGCAGCUUUUCAACGGCUUGAGAGAUCUUCCUCAGUAUGGACACAAGCAGUGGCAGUCUUAUUUUGGCCGUACCUUUGAUGUGUACACAAAGUUGUGGAAGUUUCAGCAACAGCACAGACAGGUGCUGGACACCCGAUACGGUCUCAAGAGGUGGCAGAUUGGAGAGGUGGCAUCCAAAAUUGGCCAGCUCUACUACCAUUACUACCUCCGUACCUCGGAAACCAGCUACUUAAAUGAAGCAUUUUCCUUCUACUCAGCCAUUCGUCAGCGUUCAUAUUACUACCAGGUCAACAAGGAAGACAGGCCUGAACUGGUAGUGAAGAAGCUGAGGUACUAUGCUCGCUUUAUUGUGGUUUGUUUGCUGCUCAACAAGAUGGACCUGGUUAAAGUUCUGGUUAAGGAGCUGUCUGAAGAGAUUGAGGACUACACCCAGCGCUUCAACACGGAAGAUCAAUUAGAGUGGAAUCUGGUGUUGCAAGAAGUUGCUGCUUUUGUUGAGGCAGAUCCAGUUUUGAUCCUGAAUGAUGACAACACAGUACUGGUUAAGUCCAAUCGGCUGCAUGAGGGGGGUGUGCCCCAAUUAGAACCGGGCAUGGUGGUUGGUCAGCUCACCCUGGCUGAUGCCCUAAUAGUGGGCAAUUGCAACAAUCAGGUAAAGUUCAGUGAGUUGACCAUCGAUAUGUUCCGCAUGCUCCAGGCCCUCGAGAGGGAACCUUUGAACCUGGCCACACAAAUUACCACCAAACCAGGGACACUUGUAAGAGAAGACUCUUACACCCUCCCUGUCUCUCUCACUGAGCCCAGUGAAAAGCCAGCCAAAAGGGAGAACCCUCACAAGUACCUACUGUAUAAACCCACCUUCAGCCAGCUCUACACCUUCCUGUCUGCUUCCUUCAAGGAGCUACCAGCCAAUAGUGUGCUGCUGGUGUAUCUCUCGGCUACAGGGGUCUUUCCCACUGGACGCUCAGAAUAUGAAGGACCUUAUGACUUUGGAGGAGUUCUGACCAAUACUAAUCGUGAUGUGGUAAAUGGUGAGACGGUGCAGAAGAGAAACCAGGCACAGAAAGAGAUGCAUUGCCUUCACCCAGGAGACCUGUAUCCCUUUACCAGGAAACCCCUCUUUAUCAUUGUAGACUCAUCUAACAGCACAGCAUACAAGAAUUUCUCCAAUCUGUUUGGCCAGCCACUGGUGUGCCUGCUUUCUCCUGCUGUUUAUCCGAAGAGCAUGCAAGCAGACCAGUCCCAACGUGGGAGUCUCUUCACUCUCUUCCUCUACAACCCCCUCAUGGGCUUCUUGUCUAUCUGUGGGCUGACCAGCAUGCACCAGGGAUUGUGGGAAAAGGCCCAGGAGUUCUUGGGGAAAGUUUCCCAUGACAUUGGCCAGAUGCUCACUAGCUCUCGAGCCAUCGACCAGGCCUUCCUGCAGUUCUAUGGGGAUGAAUUUUUGAGGCUGCUGAUGGUUCGAUUUGUGUUCUGUUGUGCUACUCUCCGACUCCAUAAGCUCUUCCAGGAAGCACAGAGUUUUCCAGAAUCGUACCCUCAGCUGCCUAAACAGGAGAUGGUGGAGAACAGCCUUUUACAGAAACGCGUACUGGAGCUGGCUGCCAUGCUAGAUGUGCAGAACCUCUUCAGUGACGGCAUGUUAGAUAACUAUUGACCACAUGGUGGCAUGCCAGCACAUGAUACAUGCUUAGACACAUGCACACAUGCACACAAAUCUCAUAGGCAGGUCAUCCCUAAAGAACUUGCUGGUGGUUUAAUUUAAUCUCUCUAUAUAUAGAUCUAGAUAGUUUUUAUCAAUUUAAAAGUGAAAUGUCUCCAUCUUUGUGGUCAAGUAUUUACACGUUUGCCAUUUUCAUUUAUAUUUUGAGAUUUGAGAAGAACUACAAACCCUCCUGCAAAUAAUAGCUCCCAGCAUACAAGAUUGCACAUUCAUUUAUAUGUAUUUAUUGUAUUAUUGUGCAAUGCAGUCACACAGAUAUAAAGCUCUCGAGUAAGGCCAGUCAUUGAAGUUAUAAAGGAACAUUGGAGAACAAAAAAAGGUGGGCCAGCUGAGGUCAGUGAAGAAGUGGGAAAUACUGCCUGAUGAUAAAUCAGUCAGAUUCUUCCAAAGAUUUCUGAGGAAAUUUGCAUUUUUUUGUGAGAAAGGCAUUUUUGUGCUUUCUCUUAUUUAAGCCUUUGCCUCUGCAACGUUUACGUAACCUGUCUCAAAAGAGCGAACUGCGUGUGCAAUUGUUUGCUUCAGCGUUCAGUUGUCUUCUACACUUCUUGGCUUUUUAAAAUUUUUAUUUGUAUGCCUUUUUACUGUUUACAUGUGUUUUGCGUCGUGUGUUCUGUGAACUCAAGUUCAGCCUUUUUGAAGCAGAUUUAAAAUGGUACAACUCUUUUGGACCGUUCUAGUAUUUUAACCAAUUAAUGACAUUUUUUCUAUGUUCUACAUGACAAUGACAAGGAAUCUUGGAUUUUACCGACAUUUUUUCACAGAAUUCUUUUGAGCAUGUCUCUCAGUAGUGUCAUUAGCCCAUACUUAUGCAGCUGAUGUCAUAACCUGAUGUCUAAUUCCAUAUGUAUGGUGGACACCUAUAGCUGAAACUCACUUUUUAGAAUGUUGCUGAGAUGUACAAGCUGUUAUUCCUAUACAUAGGUGUACAAAAUGGAUUGUAAAUAUAUAUAAAUGUAUAAUUAUAAAAAGAACAAAAUGUGAUGCACAGAGGUGUGUCUAUCUGACUUGUUUUGCCAUAGAUCACCUGUGAAAAGAUGACCCUCUGCAUGUUAACUGAGACUGUAUGUGCAAUGUUCAUAAAUGGACUAGGAUGCUGUCCAGGUGUGCCCCCCAGAGGUAUUUGACAAAGUGCAGCAACCAGCAUACAUUCCAAGAACAAACUGCAUAUCAGGAGAAUACUCUUUAUUCUCCUCUUUUAAAAUCUUCCUUUCACUUAAAACAUAAAUCGUCUUAAAUAAAGUGAUGUGGUUAUAGCUUCUUUGUUUAUUACCUUAAUUGAUCAUGUUAUUAAUAAUAAUAAUAAUUACAACCAUGAUGAUAGCCCUGCACUUUACUGCACUGAAGUUUGACUUGGUGUUGUUUGUUGUGCUCUUGGUAAGAGGCAUGUCUGAAACUGCUCAUUCUUUUGUUUGUUACAACUCUCUUGUGUUGCAAAUUCCUUUUUAAAAAUGUUCUCUCUGAAAAAAUGCACAUUCAUUCUGAGCUCAUGCAGCACAAGUUAGAGCUAAAUUAACUUUUCCAGAGUACAUUUGGUUCUUUAACAUGGGAUUACAUGAGAUGAAUUUGGCUAUUUUUUUAUUAUAUUACAGUUUGCAGAUUUCUAGAUUGACCCAUCCUCUUCCAUACUAUAAACUGAACACAGGUAGAGGGUGUUGGUACAAGUUCUUGUUGCCAGUCACAUUGGACCACCAUGUUCUUAGUAUAAAGAAGCAUAAAGGUCCAAUAACCAUGAAUCUUCUCUUUUGGACCAUUCAGCAUUGAGCUGGGGUACUAUAAUUAAAAAAAAAAACACCUUCUCACCAUUGUAUGUGCUUUAACAUUGUUUCAUUGGUUUCAGAGUGCUUUAUGUGGGAAUUCCCAUUCUGGGAAUUAAUCCAUAAAUCUUCUCAAAUCCACAUUGGUUAAACACAUUUAGUUUAUUUUCAGAUAGUGUAAAAGCAUAGCCUUCUGCCCAAUCUAAAUGUCCCAUCUUAUCUGGACUUCUCUGGUAGAAAAAUAGACUUAAUGUGCACAAGGGCCAUAGGGCUGUCUAAUUUUUCCAUUGAUCUAGGCUGUAAGAAUGCAGAUUUUCUCCGAACUUCUAGAAAGGGCGCUUGGCAUGCAGGCUGCAGCACACGUGUCAGCACAAAGAAAAUAGGAGUUAAAAAUAAAUACAUAAAAAAUAAAAAAUGCUUGAGAAAAAAAGGAAAAAUGUCUUCCAAAGUAAGUGAUGCACAAUUCAUGUGCAAAAUGCGCAUGCUUGCAGCUGAGUGACCUCACAGAUUCAGGUAACAAUGUUGGUCCAAAGUCUACUAUCUGAGCACAUGGAGCAGGAAUCCAGCUGUUUAGAUUGUGCACAUCUUUUUACUAUCUUUCUUAAUCACUGCCAAAUAGAACCAGCCCCAGAGUUUACCUAAACAUUCCACUACAAAUCAGCGUGUUGAGUUCUUAAUGCAUUUGGACACUCAAUUUGUCCUUUUUGUAAGUUUUUUUUAAGCUUUUUCCUCUGAACAGAGGUAGGUUAGAGAGCAACUUGGAAUGAAACACAUGGAGGGUGUUUCCGCUACCUGAUCAGUAGACCUUUAAAUGCUGUGUUUUACAUUCAUUUUUGUGUGAAAGUAUUGGUAACAUUAUCUAAAAAUGCCAUAGAAAUUUCUUUGAUGGUCAUCUGUCCUUACAAUUGUAUAAAACUUGGUGUAGCACUUCCAGCAAUUUUUAAAAUUUCCAUCUGCAGCAUCAGCAGUAUAGUUGAUUAUUAUGGACAGUAAUUUUGAUGGAUGGAAGAACCGAAAACCAGCUGACUGGAAAACUAAAGAGAAAUGAUCAACCUUAUGGCACAGAUGCAUGUCUGAUGAUUAUUCAUCUGUUUCAUAUGGUUAGGAUUAAGUAAAAAACGCUGGUGUAUUCCUUUAAGGUCAGGGUUGAAUACGGACCAGAAGCACAGGCCCUAAAUGGGGUAAAACUAUGUAGUCAAUGGCCCAGUUCAGCAUUCAGGUGUUUUAAGAAAAACAUGGUUUUAAGAAAAACAUUAUUAUUAUUAUUAUUAUUGUUGUUGUUAUUUUGAUUUGGCCAGCACAAUGACACUUUGGUCAUAAUCUUUUCCUGUGAUGUGUUCUCCAUUAAGUGUAACCUACCUUUAGGUCAAUGCCACUGCCAAUGCCAAGUAGCAUUAACCUAAAAGGAGUAGAAUGAAAAGGAGCUGAGAACAUUGUUAUAUUUUCUGUAAAUAUGGUUUGAUGGGACGGAUUUGAGCAGUUUCUUGUUUAGAACUUCACCCUCCCCUUUCUUUCUAAGCAGUUCCUACUAUUGUGGGAGGAAUGAUUUUAAAAGUAAUGGGCAGAAUACUCUUUCUUUAUAAGUUAAGGGGUUCUAAAAUUUCCAGUUGAAUUUACUUUCUCCAAUUGUCUUGUGUUUUUGUAAUUGGUUAUGGCAGGGUUGAUAGACUGAGGGUUGCAGUAAAGCACAGGUUGGUGUUUUUCUUGCUCUAACACUCUGAAUAAGUCUGGCAAUUAUCUGUUGAAGAGGACAGUUUGCCAAAUUGCCCAGGAAUCUGGCCUUCCAGAACUGCAGUUCUCCUCCUCUGCCUUGUUUUUGUCUGUUGCCAAAUUAUACUUUGAUGUUAUGUUCUGAAAAAAAAAAACAAGGAAUGUGUGAUAUCAAAAAAUGCAAGC